GUUCCCAGUUCGGUGGAGGUGGGUGGCCAAGAGAUCAAAGCAUACGAGCCAGCGCGCCCUUCCUCCUUCGUUCUCGGGUCGAUCAUGUCGCUUCUUGGAUUGUAAUAUCCCAUUGCUUCGUCCCUUGCAGCUGCUCGCGGGGUCGGGAGCGGGUCGCAGCCGCAUAGGAGGGCGCCACAGAUGCCAUCUCAGGGGAUGCUCCGGCCGCCGCUGCGCAAUCCAGCCGGUGGGCGUCCGUCCUUCAGCAACCAGGGCCACGCGCCGACCGGCCAUGGUUCGCUCUCCGGCCAGACCCAGAACCAUGUCGCCGGCCCCAGCCAGACAGGAACAGGGCAACCGCGCGGCCACUCCGGCGGUGGCGGGCCUUCUUCGGCGAUCUCUUCAGCGCCAGGUGCUCCGAUCAGUCCCCUGGCUCCAGUGUGCACUCUUUGCAAGAGGCCCACGAUCGGGCUUUGGGGCUUGGUGCCAUUGUGCGUGGAUUGCUACAACAAUCCCGUCACCAGCAACGUGGUUCAGCAGCACCCGGAGAUCCGCUACGUGCCUCCGCAUCCAGUCCCCAGCUACGGCGGCGCGACGCAGGGUCAGGGCAUCGCCAUUGAUCACCAGCGCCAACUCGACCUUCGCCAGCCUUCUUACGCGGGGCUGGCACGGGUUGCCGUCGGCCCACUGACAAGGGCAUCAAGUGCUGACUGGUGCUGUGGUUGCCUAGAGCCAACCAUGGGGGUUUUGGGCACGUUGCCCUUGUGCGAGGUUUGCUACAACUCUUUCUUCGUCGCCGGCGACGCGCCUCCGCAGCACGCGCAGAGCGGCCACGUGCUUCCAAGUCCAGUCCCCAGCUACGCGGGUGCGCCUGGGGGGGGCACUCCCUGCCAGUGAGCAGCAUUACCGGGCUGCGGCCAUUAGGCCUCCUUCCAGUUCCACCUCGAGCUCGGCCGUCGGCUCGGGACCGAUCUGCCCGGCUUGCGGCCACCCCUCCGGCACCGGCAACAGGGCGUGCAGGGUUUGCCACCUCAACGGCCCGCCGCCGCCAGAGCCCAACUAGCUCAUAUCAUAUCUCGUCGCUCC